AUUCAUUUUUCAUCAAUAGCAUACUUACCUAACAACUGUGGUAAAAAGCAUCAUCAGUAGGUACCUAUAAAUUUCAAUUGUGUUUUGGUAUUUUUUAGACAAUAUGCAUCCAAUUUAUGUAAGUGGUUUUUUUAUAUUCAAUAUUUUAUCACUAUGCAAUUUGCAUUUUGCAAGUGGUGCCUACUGUGAAGAUUGGACUAUUUGUCAACAUGUAUUUUGUGCCGCUCCACUCGGUCCUUGUCCUGAAGAAAAACCUCAUUUGAUUUUUGACGAUUGUGGAUGUUGUCAGCAUUGCAGCGAAACUCCCAAGUCUGGCCUUUGUGGAAAAUGUACAGAUAUCUUAUGCAAAGAGUCUUAUCCAACAUGUCAUGGAGAAAAUUCCACUGUUAGUCUGGAUUAUUGUGGUUGCUGUAGAGUGUGCAAAUUAAUUGUCGGUGCUGGACAGGAUUGUGUCAGAGAUGGUCCUUCUUUUUCAGUGUGUGCUGCUGGACUUAGAUGUAUUAAUGGCACUUGUAGCAAUAAUUACGUUUUAUAGGAAAAAACUUACCUACAAAUAUUCAUUAUUACCUUUAUAAUAUUUUAAAAUAAAACAAAAAGGACUUUGUGCACAAAUUUUACUAAUAUUCUAAUUUAAAAAAUCUAAAUAAUUAGGUAUUUGUAAAUAAACCAACUGAUUUGAGUGUCA